AUGGUGGUAGAAGAGCCCUUAAGACUGCCAGAGGGCAGAAAACAAGCGCGAAGGAUCUCUCAGACUCCUCCUGUAAACAAGAGACCUCCAAGGAGAUCUCGCAAAAAGCUCCAAGUCAUCAUCUGCGUACUUCUCGUAGAGCUGUGUGAGAGGUUCACCUUCUUUGGGAUCGUUUGUAACAUGAUUCUCUUCUGCACGGUGAAGCUGGGCUAUGACAACUACCUGGCAGCGACGGUUAACCUUUGCUUCAUAGGAGCCAGCACCCUGACCCCCGUUCUGGUGGGAUGGUUCGCAGAAACCUGCUUAGGACGGACAAAGGUGCUCUACUUGUGUGCCCUCCUUCAUUUCUUUGGAACAGCCAUGCUGCCCGUGGUGGCUUUUCCCUUUGAGGAUUUCUACAUCGACACUCACCAUAUGACCCAUAAGCUGGAACCUCGGGAGCAGCAGAUCUUGUUUUACACCGGCCUUUUGGCUGCUGCGCUGGGCAUCGGAGGCAUCCGGGCCAUCCUGUGCCCCAUGGGAGCCUACAGCCUGCAGGGCUACAACCAGCACCAGCUCCUGUCCUUCUUCAACUGGUUCUACUGGUUGGUGAAUCUGAAUUCCAUUGUUGUGUUUUUGGGCAUAGCUUACAUCCAGCAGUCUGUGGCCCAGAAUCUGGCCUUCCUCAUCCCUUUCACCUCUGUGCUGCUGGCUCUCAUUGCCAUUCACAUGAUGCGCAACAAUCUCACAUACAAACCCAAAAAAGGUGGAUCCCUCCUGACUACGCUUGGAGUUUUUUUUAACUCCAUUAAAAUGUGCUGCCUCCACUAUCGUCACUUAAGUGGGGACGUGGUGUCGUGGCUGGACCGGGCGAAAGAGAACAACGGCGGCCGGUACAGUGAGACCCACGUGGAGAAUACCAAAGUCCUGGCCAAGCUCUUUCCCCUGUAUGGGCUUCAGCUGCUGUACAGAGCCUGCAUCACACAGAUUCCCUCAGGUUACUACAUACAGACGAUGAACUCCAACCUCCACCUGAACGGCCUCCUGCUGCCCAUUGGGGCCAUGAAUGUGAUCAGCAUCCUGCCCCUGCUGCUCUUGGCCCCGCUGAUAGAGUGCCUGACCACCUACUCCCUCUCCAAACAGAGAAGUCUUCUACCUCCCGCAAAAGUCAUAACUCUGGGCCAUGCCUGUGCCACUCUGUCUGUCCUGGUGGCAGGUUUGUCUGAGCUGCACAGGAAGGUCCACCCCCUGGCGGAGCAGACUCUGUCUGGGAAGGUUCUGCAGGUGUCCUCCAUGCCGUGUUUCCAGCUGGCCCCUCAGUACAUCCUCCUCGGCGUGGCCGAGGCUCUCGUCAUCCCCGCAUGUUCACUCAUAUCCUUCCAGCUGACCCCGAGCCACAUCAGAGGGAUUUCCCUGCACUUCCUCACAUUAUCCUAUGGAGGGGGCUGUUUCCUGGGGGCUUUUUUCAUUCAGCUAGUGUAUUUUAUCUCUGGAGGUAAUUUCUAUCCAAACACGCUGCCUGAUGGGAAUCUGGAAAGGUUCUUCUUCCUCCUUGCUUCACUGAUGGCGAUAAAUACUCUGGUGUUUUGGAGAGUAUCACGCAGGUACAUAGACCUGAGUGUGCGGGGUAAAGCACUGACCACCAGCCUUCUGACUGAGAAGCUGCUGUAUUACAAGGCCACUCUGCGCUUCUACGACACCGUUGAGAACUUCUCUGUCGACUCGGUUUUAUGA